AUGUUCAUCAAUCGUUGAUUAUUCUCAACCAAUCACAAAGAUAUUGGCACCCUGUAUUUACUAUUCGGCGCUUGAGCCGGAAUGGUAGGAACUGCUCUGAGCAUUCUAAUUCGGGCCGAAUUAGGCCAGCCCGGCACCCUCCUGGGAGAUGAUCAAAUCUACAAUGUCAUCGUAACAGCCCAUGCCUUCGUAAUAAUUUUCUUCAUGGUUAUGCCCAUCAUAAUCGGAGGAUUUGGGAACUGACUAGUCCCUCUAAUAAUUGGAGCCCCCGACAUGGCGUUCCCCCGAAUAAAUAAUAUGAGCUUCUGACUCCUACCUCCAUCAUUUCUACUCCUUCUAGCCUCAUCUAUAAUUGAAGCUGGGGCUGGAACAGGCUGAACAGUCUACCCACCUCUAGCUGGGAACCUAGCCCAUGCCGGAGCCUCGGUAGAUCUGACUAUCUUCUCGCUCCAUCUGGCUGGAGUAUCUUCAAUUCUAGGGGCUAUUAACUUUAUCACUACAAUUAUCAACAUGAAACCUCCAGCCAUAUCUCAAUACCAAACUCCCCUGUUUGUCUGAUCUGUUCUAGUCACAGCCGUCCUUCUUCUUCUGUCCCUCCCAGUUCUAGCAGCAGGAAUCACUAUACUCCUGACGGACCGCAACCUAAACACUACCUUCUUUGACCCGGCUGGAGGGGGAGACCCAAUCCUGUACCAACACCUAUUCUGAUUCUUCGGGCACCCUGAAGUGUACAUUCUUAUCCUACCCGGCUUCGGUAUAAUUUCACACAUCGUCACUUAUUAUUCAGGUAAAAAAGAACCAUUCGGUUAUAUAGGUAUGGUUUGGGCCAUAAUGUCUAUCGGCUUUCUCGGUUUCAUCGUAUGAGCUCAUCAUAUAUUCACCGUAGGUAUAGAUGUGGACACUCGAGCCUACUUUACGUCAGCCACAAUAAUUAUUGCCAUCCCCACAGGUGUUAAAGUAUUCAGCUGAUUAGCCACGCUACACGGUGGCAAUAUCAAAUGAUCUCCUGCCCUACUAUGAGCCCUGGGCUUUAUCUUCCUGUUCACAGUCGGAGGCCUAACAGGAAUUGUCCUAGCCAACUCAUCAUUAGAUGUCAUCCUCCAUGACACCUACUAUGUCGUAGCACACUUUCACUAUGUCCUCUCUAUAGGUGCAGUAUUCGCCAUUAUGGGUGGAUUCGUGCACUGAUUCCCUCUAUUUUCAGGAUACACACUUAAUCAAACAUGAGCCAAAAUCCACUUCCUAAUCAUAUUUGUUGGUGUUAACCUAACAUUCUUUCCCCAACAUUUCCUUGGUCUAUCCGGCAUACCUCGUCGAUACUCAGACUACCCAGAUGCCUACACCAUGUGAAACACUGUGUCCUCUAUGGGGUCGUUUAUCUCUCUCACGGCCGUUAUCCUAAUAGUAUUCAUAGUGUGAGAAGCGUUCGCCUCUAAACGAGAAGUUUCCACAGUUGAGCUAACAACAACUAACCUUGAAUGACUCAACGGCUGCCCACCAUCAUAUCACACAUUCGAGGAACCAGCCUACGUCAAGGUCUAG